UGCCGUCUUACGUUACGACAGUUGUGACAAACCAGAAGUGUCAACCGCUGGCUGUGGAGUUAUUUCGAGCGACGGCUGAUGUUUAAAGACCUGAAGGCGAAUAAAUAAACAAAAGCAGCUGAGACACGGCUCGCACACUCCGCUGAAGACUCUGAAAACAACCACAAUGAGACAAACAACGACACACUUUCGACUGCUUUCCUUCACGACACUACCUAGCUAAGCUAACGUAGCCGGAAGCUAGCGACGCCAGUUUGCCCAACUCUCCGCCGGGAAACAUGAUCUGAAGCCGGGGAGGAGUUUAUCAUCGGAGCACGCUGGGUGUAGUGUUCAGACUCACAGCUGGGCCUCUUGUCUUUCAAACACAACAUGUGGCUGCAGCAGAGACUAAAGGGGCUUCCGGGCUUGUUAUCGAGCAGCUGGGCGAGGAGGCUCCUCAUCGGGCUGCUCCUCUUCCUCAUCUUCUACUGGUACCUGGGGGCGGAGCGCAGGUGGAGGUUCUUCAGCGGGACGGCCAUGCCCGGCGGGGCGGCCGGACAGUGCCUGCUGGCUGAGAUCCACAGGUGGAGCUCUCUGGUGGAGCGUGGGGAGGGGAUCUACAGCACACCUCAGGAACAGCUGGACACACCUUUUGUGUCAGGUAACGGACAUAUAAUGAUUGACAUGGACUCUAACAAACUGUGGGUGGCGUCGUCCUCCCUGCCCGGGUCAGCUCCCGUGCAUCAGACUGAGUUCUCCCCCAGAGUGGGCGUGCACCUGGAGGGGAAGCGGGCAGAGGUUCAGGCCACCAUGCUGUGGUUCAGGAAGGGAGCCGUGCUGUCGGUCCGCUGUGCCUCCCCGCAGGCCUCCCGGGACUGCGUCACCAUCAGAGAGGAGUUCAUCGCACACAGGAGCAGACCCAACGUGUACCUGCAGAGGAUCCACAUCAACAACCCGUCUGACAGGCCCGCCUCCCUGGACGUCUCCUCCGAGAGCCCCUCCUUUGGGAGCAAGUUCUCCUCCAGCGUGGAGACACUGGAGGACAAAGACAUAGUGCUCGCCUCCGGCAGAGUGCCUGUGGAGAACAACCGCAUGGUGCUGGUGGUGGUGGUCUCCAAGAAGCUGAACAGCAGGAUUCAGGUCUCGGCUAAGUCUGAGUACAAAGACAACAUCCUGUCAGUGGUGUGGACCUCAGAGCCCAUCGAGUCCUCCAAGCUGGAGGAGACCUUCAGCUCGCUCAGAGAAGGAGCCAAGAAGGAGCUGGGGGAGCUGCUGAGGGACAGCGUGGAAGACCUGGUCCUCGACCACCAGCAGACCUGGAUGGACCUCUUCAUCUCAGGUGUUGAAAUGAGGAAGAUCACAGACUCACACACCCCGUCGAGUCGCACCGUGAACACCACCCUCUACUACAUCCUGUCCUCCACCACGGCUCCUCUGCUGGAUCGACGGCUGAGCGGUGACGAGCGCGAUCGACUCGAGUCCAGCCUCAACUACGCCGACCACUGCUUCAGCGGCCACGCCACCAUGCACGCCGAGAACCUGUGGCCGGAGCGGGUCAGCAGCGCCGCUCAGAUCCUGCAGCUGGUCACGCUGUGGACGCUGACUCUGCAGAAGAGGGGCUGUAAGGUGCUGGUGGCGGCCGGAGCACACGGAGCCAUGCAGGGCAUGGUGCUCAGCUUCGGCGGCCUUCAGUUCACAGAGAACCACCUUCAGUUCCAGGCCGACCCGGACGUGCUGCACAACAGCUACGCCCUGAGAGGGAUCCACUACAACCAGGACCUGAUCAACCUGGCAGUUCUGCUGGACAUGGAGGGGAAGCCGUUCCUGCACGUGUCUGUGAAGCAGCAAGAGAAGCCGGUGAAGCUGUACGCCUGCGAGGCCGGCUGCCUCAACGAGCCGGUGGAGCUGACCUCAGAGGUCAAAGGUCACACCUUCCCCGUUAUGGUGACGCAGCCCAUCACGCCGCUGCUCUACAUCUCCACGGACCUGCGCCACCUGCAGGACCUCCGCCACACCCUGCACCUUAAGGCCAUCCUGGCCCACGAGGAGCACAUGGCCAACAGGUACCCGGGCCUGCCGUUCCUCUUCUGGUUCAGCGUGGCCUCGCUCAUCACCCUCUUCCACCUUUUCCUCUUCAAGCUCAUUUACAACGAGUACUGCGGCCCUGGAGCCAAGCCGCUCUUCAGGAGUAAGGUCGCCGGCAAACGUGACGAUGGCUGCUGUGAAAUCAAGACCGCUGCUUGAGCUCUGCACACGUUAGUGGUUCUGCUUGAGCUUCAGCGGCAUAGCAGACUUUAGUGUGUGUGUGUGUGUGAGUGAGUGAGUGAACGACAUCUACUGUGCAGUUUACAUCAAACAAAAACACCUAAUUUAACACUUGAAAGGUCAUAUGUUCUCCUCCUCCUCUUCAGUGUAAAUAAGUCUCAGAGCUCCUCAAAACAUGAGUGUGAAGUUUCUUGUUCUAAAUCCACUCUGAUCCUGUAUUAAGUCAAAGAACGACUAAAACAUCUUCACUGCUCGAUCACUAUUCUCUCAUGUUUGAAAAUAAAAAAACGAGUCACAGUUUGUCCAACAGGUGACUUAAUCAUCUGCCCAAUAAAAAAAACCUCUGAGCAGUUAGGUGAUCUAUUAUGUCAGCGUUAAAUCCAUUUGACUCAAAAAAUAAACAUGUUCCGAGGUCUGUCAGUAGGACUAAUAUCGGUCGAUAUCGAUGUUGAACCGAUGCGUCGAUGAAUCCCUCAGUAAAAAGUUUCAUCAGCCAGAUGUUUGGAGCUACGUACGGUGGCUGUGAAGGUCAACCGUGCAAAUAUUUCAUCAUUAAGAAACAAAAACAUUCACUAGAAACCAAACAUCACUUCAAGCAAAAAUAUUUCAUGAAACACAAAUUAAUUUAAAAAACGGAUAGAAUUUUCUCAAUUGGUAGACCUCUUCAGAACGCCAUAUCAAGCCGCGAUAUUUACGCCCCUGUGACGUUUUGUCUUCAAUCUGAAUGUGAUGGAGGAGUAAUCAGGGGAUGAAGUGACCCCCCCCUCCCCUGUACCAUCUUCAGAGGUAGUAACAGAGGCGUUACAGAGGAGAGUCAGGAUCAGCUGAGCCUGCGGGGGAGCACAGCGCUGUGUGUGUGUGUGUGUGUGUGUGUGUGUGUGUGUGUGUGUGUGCAUGUCUGAGUGUGUGUGUAUGUGGAGCACCUGCUAUGAAUAUUGCGCCGUUGCAGAAUUAAUAUGAAUACAAAGACGUGAAGACGGCUGAGCUGGGGGGAAAAAAAGCCGUAUGAAUGGGGUUAGUGAAAUGUUUUUGGAUCUUUCUCGAAAUACUUUUGCAUUUUGUAAAAUGUUUUUGGAGUUCGGUAAAAAAAAAACAUUUAUACGGCUGACCUUCAGGGCCACCGUAGAAACACACUAAACGUCUGAACCAAUCAGAUGCUGAGUUUAGGUGUAAAAUCGUGCAGAUGUUCUGAAUAAUUCCUUCACUAAUCCAAACACUUUGCAGCUGUGAAUGACACUAAAUCUAUCCAUGUGUGAAGAAUAAAUGUUAACGGCUGAUUGGCUGUUUCAGACAUUUUCUCACAGAUCUCGUGAACUUCAGACCAGAUAUUAAUAAUGUUCAUAUGAUUGUUUGUAUCACAGUGUGUGUUAACCUGUUCUUCCACAUCCAUUGUUGUGUUGGGUUUUUAUCUGAUCUCUUGAUUUUCUGCUUUAUUAUAGAUUUAAGUUAAUUUAUUGAGCUUGUUGCAAUCAGAUUUAAGUGUCCUUGAAUGGUUUGUGAUCAUGAAGUUUGAUUUAGUCUUUCAUUGGGGGGAAAUAAAUGACUGAGUUGUGAUUA